GGACUUUGUUUAAAAGUCCUUGGAGAAGACGAAGAUCAGAUCAAUAGGAUCAGCGACUCAGGGUGCGGCUUAACCUCAGCAUGUCUGGGGCCCCGAUCACCAUAGGACCUUCAAGUGGAGCUAGGAGAACAGGAGAAAUUUCGAUGAACCCUAGAAAUCUCGUCAACACUGGCUCCAUGACCCCCGCAGUUUACCUCGGCGAGAACGAACUUCUGAGGCCGAAUCCGGUGACCCAUUGUCCACAGGUGGAUGUGUCGACGCAGGUCGACCUCCAUGGUGGACCCGUCCACAUGGAUUGGGAUCGACGUGCAACACCACUUUAUUCAAGGGAGGACAUCAAAGAACAAUACUGCAUCACGAGCAGACAACUAGAUGCUGUCGAAAGAUCCGGAGGCGGGAUUUUUGGGUGCCUUACCAAUAGAGGACCAUCACCUUGUAGUUCAACAAAAGCGUCCAUUCUCUCAGCAUGUGUUCGAAGUGCACCCAGUGAUGAGAACCUCUAUGAUGCUGCACCUUAUCCCCGAAAACCUUUGCAGAUCAUGCACCAGCAGCCUUACUCGACCUAUCCCAGGGGUCUGACUCGCUACAAAGCUGAUGAAGAAAAUUGGGUCGAGACUUCCUACUUUCGUCGUAGACCAAAAUCCUUCUGCAUUGUUUCUGAUCCUAAAAGGUACAACUGGGUGCCCGAAGAUGAGGAGUCGACCAAGCUGGAAGGACCCAGACCAGUCAUAUCUCCAAUUCCUCCAGCUUCGAAUACUUCCUCCUUGCCUAAAACAAAACAUGUUAGCUUUGCAAGGUCACAUACGCUGACCUCGUUCGACGUGUCUCGCAACAGAAGUCCUCCGAGACCCCACAAUCAGGAACGACUGAUUGAUUCGCAACCGACCAUGCAAGGAUCUAUGUGUGCUACCCUGCCUAUAGCACAUCCCUAUCCUGCAACCGAGCCUCGGAUUCUUGUUCUUGAAAAACAGCCAAAACGCGGCGCUAUGAAAACACAAGCGACACAGACGGAAGUUGCGGCAGGUUUACGGGGUCGAGUGCUGCCUGUGACUUUGAGUCCUAGAACAAUUCAUCGUGUCAAAAUGGUAUCGCAAGGUGCACAAACGAAUGGAAUUUGCAAUGGAAGAAAAUUGACGAAAAGCUACUCAGAAGCUGGCCAAUUUGGAUCGCCAUUGGGGCACACGAAAGAGGAAGUAGAGCAUGAACCUCUGCAAAGGACACAGAGUGAGGAACCUCCAAGGUCACCUUUCAUGGUUGACACGCCACCUCGGUCCCCUGGAGCACCUUCUGUCUAUGAAGAAUUACAAAACGGAGACAUCGACAGAAUUCUAGAUAAAGAUGAUCAAGAAAUUCUCAUAGAUUUUAAACCAGCUCCUGUCUCUCCUGAUGCUAGGGCAAUGUUAAAUAAAAUAGCUAAACCAAUUAGAAGGUUUAUACCACUUCAAAAAACGCUUUCUGAUGGAGAAAUUAGGGUGGAAAGGCGAGAAUUAAUUGGCGAAACAGGGGAGCCCAGUUACCCUCAUACGUGUAGAAGAAAUCAUCAUGAUCCCUGGAAUCGAAAUAUGCGUGCUCCCGUCCAGUUUUCGUCUACUCCAGAUGAUCUUUUUUUAAUGAAGGUGACCUCUCCGACAGAUGACCCCAUGGAAGAGGAAUUUCAUGAAAACAUUGUUCGUCGAGGGCUUUAUCGUAAAAGAAGCGUUUCUCUCAAAGAUGGUGUGCAAGUUAUUUGCAGCAGUGAAAUUUUAUUUCCAAGAUCUCUUCCUACUUCUCCUACUUCUCCGGCUGCUAUUACAGCACCUAGUCGAGUCAUGCAGAGUUGUAGAAGUGAAUCUUCGAAUCGAAAUUUGUUGCAAACUGGUCACGUGAUUGGGAUAUUAUCAUCUCCAUUUGCAUCGAGUGAUUCUUUAGCCAAUGAUGGCACGAGAGAUCACAGUGACGGAAUUUGGAAUGAAUCUCAAGCCACUGUACUGCAAGCUGAUUCUUUAGCUCUAUUAACCCCUUCUUCAAGAAGAAGACAUCUUCUGCUUCUUCAACAUCAACAACGAUCUUCUAUGGACACUGAAGCUCUUGAUGUCGAAGACGAACUAGACAUGUGCCCUUCUAGUCCAGGAAUUCGACUCGAGACUGCCACCCCCGUAUUAAUAACGCCAAGCAUCGAACCAUCAUCUUUAAUAAGCAACGGUAGACCAAGAAGUGGCUUUUUCCGUCGUAGUCCAGGCCCUUCUCAUUCACAACCCCACUCGCAAUCAUCGAGCGAAUUUGGACUCAGUUUAGCCAGAACUGAUUCGGGAGGUCGGACUGACAUAUCGGAGACCUCCACCACUGAUGAUUACAUCACUGCCAACACAUCCACUGGAACUGGGACCACUGGAACUGGAACAUCAGCCACAACAAGUUCUUGGUCCAGACCACCAUUUUUACCAUCUAGUGCCGCACCUUCAGCAGCCUCGACUACUGCUACAGCUGCUGAUGGCAGCUCCUUCGAAAGUGCCAGCUCUAUAUAUAGUUUAGCUAGGAGCGAGGCAGUUGUCGAAGAACCUAGUAGCCCUCAACCAAUCAAAGAAGAAACAGCAGCUCUAUUUGGUAAAGAACAGCCUCCAUCACCAGCUAGGUCAACUACUAGCAGCAGCUCCGGCAGUUAUGAUUUAGAAGAUGCCAUACCAUCAGCUGUUCAAGAACCUUUCCAAACUGCUUCUCUUAGUGGGCAUGCUUCUGAAGUUGAAUUAGAUCGUGAGGAAGGUCAUCGUUCAUCUUCUGGAGGAUAUGCAGAGUCUCCACCAGAUCAUCACAUGUGGACUGAAGAAGAGCGAAAAAAGAGAAAGAAAACCUUCACUCUCGAUUUUCCCAGUGAAGUAGACCUUGAACGCACAACUGAAUUGAUUUUAGAUAAUAUGGAUGUUAGUCCUACUCCUAGUCAUCGUCAUAGAUCUAGAGGAAAACCAAUGUCGACAAGAAAUCCUUAUAGAAAUAAUAAAAGGAGGGAUUCAGCUCAGCAGCAAAUAAUUAGGAGUCCUCAGAAGGAGGAAUGGAGGGAGCAGACUGAAGAUGGAGGUCAUGUUCCAACUUCUGAUGAUUCUAGCUGUAGUCAUCAUUAUCAUCACCUUCAUCAUCAUCAUCAUCAUCGACACAGGGAAAGUGGAGAUGGGACACAUCAUAGGAGAACAAGGGAGAGUCCAAGAAGGAAAACUGGGAGUUAUGUUUCUGCGAGAAGAAGAAGUAAUGAGGAUAAAAACGCAGCAAUAACUGGUAGUUUACCAAGAAGAAGAUCUCGUGCUGUCGAAGAUGUAUGCUCCAGUAGGUUAAGUCCUGGAGGACGUUAUCAACGAAGUCCUGGCCAUAAUGGACAUACAACUGUGAUUGUAAAAUCUCCGAGUCCUGAAGCAAGAUUGAAAGCACUGUCAGCUGAAUCUUUAAGAUCGGUUAGCCCAGGAAGCGACAGUGUUUUUUAUAGUGAAGGAGGUGAUCAACCUUUGGACACCCCUCAUUGUCAUCAUUGUGGUAGAGAAGUUGCAGAAGAUAUCGUGCAGCCACCAGCCAGAUUCGCCGAUUCACCCGAAAGUCAUAGAGCAACCCCGAAACAAACAACUCCCAGACUUUAUAAAAAAUUCGAAAAAAGGUAUCGCUCAGAAGAUCGAGGAGAAAGAAGGCAUCAUAGAAGCGUUGGAGGAAGAUCAGACGUCAGGGCAAAAUCAGAAGAAAGAGGAGGAAGACCAAGCAGUCGAGGUUCUAUUGAAGAUGGAAUGAAAAGAAGACUCCAAGCUCGAAGUACAGACGCGAGUUUGGAAAUUCUAACAGGUCGGGAAGACGAGGGCACUUACAUCGAACCCUAUACUAGCGGUGAGUGGAUUUAUAUCGGAGAUCUUGAAGAAAGUCAUGCUUGGAAAAGACCAGACAGCCGAGAUGGUGACGACGAAUUUCUAGAAUAUUUUUCCAGGGAGAGAAGAGGAUCUCAUGAAUCGACAGGUAGUGAAAAGUGCUUCAGAAAAAAAUAUGAAGCUGCAACUCGUAGGAUGGUUCAUAGAAAAACGAGUAUAGAAAUGUACAAGAGGAUACAGAGGAAAAACUUUGGUGAACCAGUCGGAAUGGUGUGCGAUUCUGUGGGUGGAUGUCCACCCGAACUCGAGCAAAAUGCCUCCCUCAAGAAGGCCCUGGAAGAGCUUCUAAAAUGCAUGCUUAGAGUCUGGUGCAGGGAGAGUCAGGCACUGAGGAAGCUUGGUGUACCAACAGCCGAAAGCGACAAACGAGUUAUAAUAAAACGCGAAGCUGGUGGUGAGUUCGGAUUUAGGAUUCAUGGAUCGAAGCCAGUGGUUGUAUCAGUAAUCGAGCCGGACACGCCAGCAGAAAGUUCCGGUCUAGAAAUAGGUGACAUAAUCAUGACAGUGAACGGAAGGAACGUCAUGGACGCGACGCAUUCCGAGGUCGUUAGGAUGGCCCAUUCAGGAUCAGAUGUCCUGGAACUGGAAGUGGCGACAACAUGUAACGUCUUAGCACCACAGAUUGGAAGAAGUGGAACAAAAGAAAACUCAGUUGAAGCUCCCAUUUGUGCAGGGUACCUCUGGAGAAAAGCUGCUACUUCCACUAGUCCAGACAAGUGGGUUCGAAGGUGGUUCGCUCUUCGUCGUGACAACUGCCUUUAUUAUUAUAAGACUGAUGCGGAUUCACAGCCAGUAGGUGCAGUGAUGCUUCUAAAAUACGACGUAGAGCCAACUUUAGAAAAAAGAUCUCACAGCUUUGCCAUUAGAAAAAAAGGAGCACCAACUCUACAUUUGGCUGCUGAUACUGAAGAAGCUGCAGCUAGAUGGAGUACUAUUAUUCGUGAAGCUGUUGAAAGAAAUAAUCAAGCAGGUACCUGGUUGGAUACAUCCUUGAGGAUGCAGCAGAUGUCUCCUAGCUCAAUCCAAAGACCAGAUUGUUUUGGUUACCUCAGCAAACUGCAGAGAAAUGUUAGGAGAACAUCUCCAUCUUCUGGGUGGUCCAGGCGAUAUUGUGUUUUAAAAGAUGCUGCACUCUAUUUUUAUGAUGAUGCGAAUUCCGAAAGGUCUUUCGGAGUUGCGUGUCUUCAUGGAUUUAGGGUUCACGCUAGCGCCCCAAACUCUGGUGGUAGAAAACACGCCUUCGAGCUUCAACCUCCAGAUCCCACACAGAGGACUUAUACUUUUGCGACUGAAUCGGAAAUUGACAAAAAGAGAUGGCUAGCAGCGAUAGAAUAUUCCAUCGACCGGUGGAUAAAGGUAGGUUGACUUUCGUCAGCCUAGAUCGAACAAAAAACGACAUAAGCUACGAAUUUCCCCGUCCCCGAAUCCAUUUCCGGUACUCGGAGCAGGACAAUUGCCGAAAAAUAAAAAGUCGUUAAAUAAUUAAUUUUGCAUAGCUGAAUUACACUGAAAAGGACAGCAAACUUUUUCAUAGGCGAAUACGAUUUUACAAAAUUCUAUGGAAGUUCUAAAAAAAUCUCGAACAAAAUACUAGGUAUUCUAAAUAAAAAUUACAAUUUAUAAUUUCAAAAGAGUACUCACUUCUGAAAAAGGAGUUGAUUAUAAAUUGAACUUGAGUAAAUAACCAUUUUGAUAUUUAAAGAUUAAAAAUGCAUGACUUUUUUCGUGGUGAAAAAUAAUUGUUUUGCUCCCCAUUCAGUUCCUAUUUUCCUAACCGUCCUACAUGAAUGAAGAGGGCGAUUUUAAAUUGAGAUCGUUAUUUAUUAUUGCACUGUAAUCAGUGCUUUAUUUUUUAUCAAAGAGCACAAUCCAAUUAUUGUCGUUAUUAUAUUCGCGGUUGAAAUUUAUUGAAAAUUAUUUAAUGCUAGUUAUUUCGUAUAAGGAUGGAUGGGGUAGAGUUGAUAAUCUAGGCUACAGUGGAUAAUUUUAAUCAGUUAUUGAUUAUUAAUUCUUUAUUAUUAAUUAUGAAAACUGAUUAGAUGCCUAAUGUAAAUGCGAAAAUUAUUAUUAUUGAUUCGCAUUACGUACAAUUAAAAAAAUUAUAAAUAAUUAAAAUUAUCCACUCUUAAAAGUCUCCCCCUAGGAUAUGAAUUAUAAAUUCGAAAUAUCAAGCUGGAACCGGCUUAUCAAAUAAUGUAUAAAAAAUGUGUUACUCUUAUUAUGACUAUAUGCACUGUUAUGCUUAUAGUUACAAUUAUCAUUUCACAAAAGCGCGUAAACAUAAAAUGAUAUUAUUAACAUAUAUUAUAUAUUAUAUAUACACUCACUUAUAUAUGUAUAUAUUUAUUGUAUAGAAAUCCGCAAAGACGGAUAUUUUGUCGAUGUGUAUGAUAGUUUUUGUGCAUGUAAGAAUUAAGGAGCAAAUGUGAAAAAUGACUAUUGACAUUCUUAUCGUUAUUAAUUUAUUAUGGUGGAUUGAGAGAUGAGUACAUGUACGAUGAAUGAGAUUUUAAUGUUGUUAUUUAAGAAAAAUCGUAAAUUUGUAUACCUCGCGCGCACGCCCCUUGCGGUUGCAUUUAAAAGAAAUGUUUAUAAAAAUCUACACAUAAAAGAGAGCACUUUAAUCACGAAAAAUAUAAAAAAAAACUUAAUUACAUGUUAUAACGAAAGCUGAUUAAUUAUUUAUGUUGCGGAGAACGAUGAAGGAGGAACUGAUGUGUUCUGACCGGUGGUCCCUUAACAAGGAAAUUGAUUAAAAAAUAAUAAGUCACCCGCUCAAAAUCUGAGAUAAUAAUAAAGACUUUAAUACAAG